AUGACGACUUCACGCGCCAGCUCUGCCUCGGACGGCGAGGCCUUCGAUAUGCAGCACAAGGCAAACAGGCUCAAUCAACACAACGAUUCCGAGGUUAACGGCUCAAACAGGGUCUUCGGCCUGGAUGGAGCUUCGGACAAUGAUGGUAGCGUGUUCCACUACAAAAGCUCACGGCCAGAACGGCCGCUCACAAGCUCAGGCUACAAGUACCGCCCUCUAAGUCGCUCGCCCUCACCCUAUCGUCGGAAGGGCUCACGUUCUCCCUCGCCUUACCGCAGCAAACGCGUCCCCGACCGCUCCCGCUCCCCUUCGCCGUACCGCAGCAAACGCACCAUCGACCGCUCCCGCUCGCCUUCCCCCUUCCGACAUGGUCGUGAGAGCGGUGACUCGCGCUCCUAUACCAAGCGCAAGGGUUCCCCACCACGUGGGGGUCGUCCAGAGAAGCGGCCUCACACUGAUCGCAACAGGAGCGACCGAGGGAGCGAUUUCCGCCAGAAAGACGGCCGUCGUGCACCUCCUCAGUCUGGUGACUCCAGUGGGCGUAGAGAGGUGCCAGAGCGCCACGCUAAGCCGAUAUCGUAUGCUGAGUUAGAGAACCCAAAUGCAGUGCCAGACUUCCGCGAUGGCAUGCCUGCGAAUGAUCGUUCUCAGAAUCCGAGUAACGGAAACCAUCAGCGCAACAGCCACCAAGCCCGUUCGCGACGACAUGAGCAGGCUACUGCUGGCGGCCCGCAAGGCGCAGCAAAGCAGUCAAGCGAGCAACAGGAUGUCGAAAUGAAAUCCGCCGUUGACGAAACCGACUAUUCCCUCGCACCUGUCGAGGAGAAGGUUCCGACAGAAGAGUCGCGCGAGGAAAAGCGCCGCCGAUGGGCAGCUAAGCGCGCUGAGAUGCAGGCGAAGGCAAGCCAGGACCUCCUACACCAGGCGGUGAUCACAAAUGCUUCGGAAGCUACUACGCCGAACGCGGCCUCGCCUUCUCUCCAUGCGGAUAUGUCCAUGUCUCCAUUUGCUUCACCGCGCAACGGCGAUUCGGAUUCCGCGCCCGCCUCUCCAGAUGUCAUGGUAAUCGACAAACAGGCUGGUGUCAGCGAAGCAAAUAGUCCUGCUGCAGCCAGUCCAUCGGCAGCGGAUUAUGAUCCUGUGCAGGACAUGCUGGAUGAUCGAAAUCGGGCGGCCAAAAAGAACCAGGCUUCCGAAGUCUCAUCUGGAGCGUACCACGAGACCGAUUCAAAGGUACUUUCAACUCUACCCGCCGAGAAAGUGGUCCCGGUCAAAAAGCAGAAGAAGGAAUUAGACAUGUUUGCAUCAGACGACGAGGAAGACGACGACGCAGGAGCCAUGGUCGAAGAAAGCGCGGACUUGAAAGGAACUGUGCUGGAUGAGAAGUUACUCGAUAACUGGGACGAUCCGGAGGGAUACUACAAGCUCAUUAGCAACGAGUUGGUCAAUAACGGGCGUUACCGCAUGAUCCGCACCCUAGGCCGUGGUGUCUUCGCGAAUGUUGCGCAGGCUGAAGACAGAAACGCUGAGACCGACGACCCCAGCCACAAGGUGGUCGCCAUCAAGAUGAUUCGCAGGAACGAAUUGAUGAGGAAGGCCAGUCAGAAGGAGAUGGAUUUCCUGCGCAAGGUCAACGAGGAGGAUCCGCAGGACAAGAAGCACAUCAUCCGACUUCUCGGCUCGUUCGAUCACAAGGGCCACUUGUGUAUUGUCUUCGAGCACAUGUCCAAGAACCUUCGAGAUCUGCUAAAGGAAGAAACCAACGGCCAUGGCCUCACGUUGCCAGCUGUGCGCCUAUAUGCUAAACAAAUGUUCUACGGAUUACUGCACCUGCAGAAUUGCCAGGUCAUCCACCUCGAUCUCAAACCUGACAACGUCUUGGUGUCGGAAGAUAAGAAGACCAUCAAGCUCGCAGAUUUCGGCACAGCCGUCGAUAAGCGUGACAUCAUCGAGCGCACCGAAUACCUCGUUAGUCGCUUCUACCGUGCACCAGAGAUCAUCCUGGGUAUGGACAUCAGCUACCCAGUUGACAUGUGGGCUGUUGGAUGUACUGUGUACGAGUUAUGGACAGGCAAGAUCCUCUUCACAGGCAGGUCGAACAACCAAAUGGUCAAGGCCUUUAUGGAUUGUCUAGGCUGGCCUAGCGAGAAGCUUCUGCGCAAGGGACUUGCGAACAAUAUCCUCACGCACUUCGAGUUUGGAUCAUCGACUCUGAAGUUCAUCAGCCGUGAGGUAGAUCAGCAGAACAAUAUUGCUGUUCGCAAGAUUGAGCAACAGAAAAAGAUCAAUCGCGAUCUGAAGACCCGGGUGCAUGAUGCCGCUCGAAACAUUGCAUCGGGUGGCCCAACCGCCACGGAACUGAAUGAUCUGGCUGAUCUGCUUAGUGCUUGUCUCCACAUGAACGUCGAGAAGCGUCUGACGCCUAAAGAAGCCAUCAACCACAAGGUCUUUGGCACCAGCAAGCCCCUCAUUCCCAAGUCUGCGGUUGUGAAGCCGCCCAUGAUGAAGCGAGGAACGCCCGGUAUCAGACGGUAAGCCAGCGCGCUGGAACUCCUUGCGUUGCUUUGCGCGGUUGGAAUUGAUUGCUAGUCACUCUCAAGCUCCCCCGUGUUUUCCUUUCCAACUUCCCCUCCUUAUUCCCUGUUUGCUUGUCCAGUAUGGUCGACAAUGUCCGAUUACUGUCCCUUUUCUGGUAUGGCAUCGAACGUUGGACCUGGUUGCUCAACAACCUCUUCCGAUGUGGCAGUCGACCUCUACUGCACUGAAGCCAACAAGGGUCUUCGUUUCCCAGAGCAGGAUAGGCAUUUGAUCGACGGUGGCGUUUACGGUCAUGUGUGGCUCAGUCGGCUCAAUUUUCUUUGGCUGGAGUAUAUGGUCAGGCGCAAAGGAGACAGGAGUUAUUCACCGAUAGCGAGGAUAUGGGAGCAAAAGUACAAAGACAUUUCUUUAAGUGUAUAUACACAUGACUUUCAAUGUGGCUACAUUGCCGAGCAUUGAAAAAAUCAAUACAUACCACCU